CUCCACCACCUCUUCUGCUCGCGCCACCCCAGCCCCUUCUGCCCCAGCAGCUGCCUCGGCAACCAGCCCAAGCCCCGCACCCAGCUCAGGUAAUGGAACCAGCACAGCAGCCAGCCCGACCCAGCCCAUCCAGCUGAGCGACCUCCAGAGCAUUCUGGCCACUAUGAACGUGCCGGCAGGGCCAGGAGGCAGCCAGCAAGUGGACCUGGCGAGUGUGCUGACCCCAGAGAUCAUGGCUCCCAUCCUUGCCAAUGCAGACGUUCAGGAGCGCCUGCUGCCCUACCUGCCCUCUGGGGAGUCUCUGCCCCAGACGGCAGAUGAGAUCCAGAACACAUUAACCUCGCCCCAGUUCCAGCAGGCCCUGGGGAUGUUCAGUGCAGCCUUGGCCUCGGGACAGCUUGGCCCUCUCAUGUGCCAGUUCGGCCUUCCUGCAGAGGCUGUUGAGGCCGCCAACAAAGGUGAUGUGGAAGCAUUUGCCAAAGCCAUGCAGAACAAUGCCAAAUCGGACCCAAAGGAGGGCGACACAAAAGACAAGAAAGACGAAGAGGAAGAUAUGAGUCUAGAUUAAAUUAUUCACUGUCCUUCC